AUGGCAUGGCCAGCCUCGCUGGCCUCCCUCCAGCGCUGCCGAGCAAUUGAACGGAACACGAUAAGGCACAGGCACUGGCACAGGCACCUGCACAGGCACAUAAACACCCCUGCAGCAGUAUCGCACCACACCACACCGCGUCGCCUGUGCAGCGCCCAGCGAAAAAAUUCACUGGCUGCACGAGAAGCAGACAAACUAACUCCUGCAGGCCUUUCACUGCACUGCACUGCACUGCACUGCACUCUUUUUUGCCCUGCCCUGCCCUGCCCUUUCCCCCCUUCCCCCUCUCUUCUCCUCUCCCCCACUGCAAAGGCUGGACGAAUGUCCGCCACCACAAUCUGGAGGAGGAUGACGCCAAAGAAGAUCAUGGAGGGCGUUUUUGCGGUUCAUAAACCUACCGGCAUUUCUUCAGCGCAAGCUCUGCGCGAUCUGCAACAUCACUUCAACCCCUCCGAAUUAUUUGCGCCAUGGUUGGAAGCCGAGAGAGCCGCUCGAGACCGCGAGGCGCAUAAUCAGCGCAAGAGACGGAAGGACAAACGUAUCCAAGUCAAGAUCGGCCAUGGCGGAACCCUCGACCCCCUCGCGACAGGAGUCUUGAUCGCAGGAGUUGGGAAAGGGACCAAGUCUCUCCAGGACUUCCUGCUGUGUACAAAAGUCUACGAGACCGUUGUACUAUUCGGCACAAACACUGAUACCUAUGACCGAGUGGGAAAGGUCCUCAAGCGAGCGCCGUAUGAACACAUCACCAAGGAUUUGGUCGAGGAGGCUUUGGAGCAAUUCCGUGGGAAGUUCAUGCAAUUGCCCCCACUCUUCUCUGCAUUGAAGAUGAAUGGUAAGCCAUUGUACGAAUAUGCAAGAGAGGGCAAGGAGAUACCCAGGGAGAUUGAGAGGAGAGAAGUCGAGGUCUUGAACUUGGAGCUGGUUGAGUGGAUGGAAGGUGGAACACAUUCUCAUGUUGCACCAACAGAUGAAGCUGGCCAUGCUGAGAUCAACGUUGCCAACAAGCUUUGGAAGCAAGAGAACGUCCAACCAGGUACUCUCAAGGGGAAGUCGAGUCUGGAACAGACUAGCAUCAAGAAUGAAAGUGUGGAUGGAGAAGCAAAGGAUCUUAGGGGGCCUGAAUCCAAAGAGACUGGAACAACGAGCAUUGAGUUCGCCAGUGGUAGCACUGAAGCGGACGAGGUACCGGAUAAGAUAACUAUUGAUGGCGUGAAGGAGGAGGAGAAGGAGAGCAUUUCAACAGGUGAAAAGGCAUCAAGUGCCACUACAGAGGAAGCUAGCACCCUUGCAAAAGAGAGCGCAUCUACAUCCAACGUAGCAACCGACGAGGAAGCCACGGCCCGCGAAAACUUCGAGCAAAAGAAGCGCAAGCUCAGCGAAGAUCAAGACGAUCUCAUUCUGGAACGUCCACCGACCAAAUCCCGCAAAGCACCACCUCCCUCCUCCGCCGAAACAGCCAUGAUGUCCGGCGGCUUACCGUCUCCUUCUGAAGACUCGGCUCCACAACCUAGCAUCGAGACUUCUCCUGUGGGAGAAUCUUCAGAAGACAGUAAAGUCAAAGGCCCACCAGCAGUCCGCCUCCGCAUGACUGUCACGUCCGGCUUCUACGUACGCUCUUUAUGCCACGACUUGGGCGCCGCUGUUGGAUCAGCAGCGCUUAUGGCUGAGCUAGAGAGGACUAGACAAGGAGAGUUUGAGCUGGGUAAGAAUGUGCUAGAGUGGGAGGAGUUAGGGCAAGGGGAGAAGGUUUGGGGUCCUAAGGUGGAGAAGUUCUUGGAUGAGUGGCACGAGAGGACGGAGUCGAAGGCUUCGAUGGAAAGGAGUGCAAAGAGGGAGGAGGCCUAG